AUGACGGGCUACUGGGGAGAGGUGGACGCGCUACACACGUUCUGCGAGCCAAACUACGCCUCCUCCGCAUUCGUAGCCGAAUUCUGGAACUCACUCGGCAGCGCAGUUUACUGCUUUGCGGCCCUCUCCGGACUCGUGUCAACGGCGGGGAUGGUGUGGCAAGUGAGGUGCGGGUGGUGGGCGCUGCUGCUCACCGGGCUGGGCAGCAUCACUUUCCACGGAACCAUGAGGUACAACGCUGAGCUCCUCGACGAGCUACCGAUGCUGCAGUUGAUCGCCUGCGCCACCCUUGCUGCCGACGGCGCUCACCCCUGGACAAGGACGCCCCGCGGGCGGGCUCUGCUGCUGGGAGGCAUGGCCGCCUCGCUGGGCGGCCUCACGGCUGCCUACCUGUACACUCGUACCUUCUACCUCUUCGUCACCGGCUUCACGCUCAGCGUUUUGCUCCUCUUCGCGCUCGGCCUCGCGAUGGAGUCCUGCUCGCCGGCUGUCGGCUACUGCCGUGUGCGGGCGAUCGGCUGCAUCGCCCUCGGGCGCAUCGCCUGGGAGAUUGAGGAGCGCUUCUGCGCCGCGAUGCCGACGCUAUGGCCGCUGCACAACGUGCUCGGCGCCGGCGGCCUCUACGGUGGCACGCAGCAGCGCGGCACCUCCUUCCUUCCCAAGCCGCUCGCCAUCAGAGCCAACAUCCACCACGAGGCUGUGACACGGGCGGCCGAGUGCCCGAUGAAGCCGGCCGCGGUGGUCUCGACCGAGCCGCCGGAGGGCUGCCUCCGCGGGCAUGGCGACGCCUCUUGCGGCGUGAGCCAUUGCCGCAUCUCGAGCCGUGACAUGGGCCAUGAGGGGGAUCUGUCCAAGAGAAGCCCGCCUGGGUCCGCCCGCUCUGGCUCCGCGCAGCUCCUGAAGGCGUGA